GGACUUUAGUAGUCAGAGAAAUUUCCUGAGCAUCCCCCUCUCCAGGAAUCCAUGGCAGUUGUGUGGGUCUCAUGCCCUCCGCCCUCCCUGCCCCCAAACAAUCCCUAAGACUGGCUCAGCCAGCCGAUUGCGGUCUUCCCCCUUGCAGCCAGCCGGCUUUACCCACUCAAGCCAGCUCCCUUGGGGAUGCUUCUCUGAGUGGCAGCCACUACUGGUCGUCUGGAAGCGAGAGCUGGUGCCCUAAGGCCCGGAGCCCAUCCAGGUCCCAGGCAGCCAGGCUCCCGCAGGCUCUCAGGCACAGAGCUACAGGGCCUGGGUCCCCUGAGCCAUCCCAAGAGUCCUGGCCGUCCACCUCAGGGACACCUUCCCCACCUCCCACCACUGAGGGCCCGACGGGGGCCUCCCCAUCACCCACUCCGAUUGACAGCGGGGACUCCGUGGUGGCCAAGUACAUCAACAGAUUCCGCCAAGCUCAGCCUACAAGCAGGGAGGAGCGCCAGCCAGCUGGCCCAACCCAAGCUGACUUCUGGUGGCUGCAGCCCGAGUCUGCAGUCUCCAGUGGUCGAGUUGUAGCAGGAACUGACAAGCCCAAAGGAAGACAGGACCCAGCUGUCCCAACUCCCGUCAAGGUGAACAGCGCAUCCCUGGCCAUGGCUCCACUUCAGGAAAUGAAGCAGAGCCUGAACACGUGGAACUCAUCCCUGUUGGACCUGGAGACGCUGAGCCUCCAGACUCGAGCUGCCAAGCUGCUCAAGCGCAGCAAGGCCGCCACCUCCUCCUCCUUCAGCCCCAGCGAUGCCGGCAGCUCCUCCUUCCCCGUCAGCUCUGAUGGCCUCUCUCCCUGCUCUGUGAUCUUGAGCCCUGAGUCCAGCGAGGGCUGCGCCCCCGUAAAAGAUGGUAAGUUAAGAAUGCCCGCCCCCGCUGCCCCCUCCUCCCAGGCCCCCCUGCGCCCAGAGGAUGACAUUUUGUACCAGUGGCGGCAGCGGAGAAAGCUCGAACAAGCGAGAGGGGGCAAUGGAGAUGGCCCCUGGGUGCUGCCCCAGACCCCUGCCCUCACUACCCCUACUUCUUCUGUCCCGGCUGUGAGCCCUGGCUCCUUGAGGACCCAGCCUAGCCAUGUUCCUGUGUGUGGUGGUGUGGCUCGGCCUGGUGUCCAGGAGGCCUAUCUGGAGAGGCCUGCUGCUCCCCUGGGGGUCUCUCCAAAUGUCUAUUGGGCCCCCAGUCCUCAAGGAUUUUUCUGGGCCCCACAGUCUGGUCCCUGGAUGUCUCUUGUUCCUCCCUUACCACUCACAUCUGCUACCCCAGUCCCCAUCCCAGUUCCCCUGGCUUCCACCCCAUCGCCCUCGGCCUUCACCCCAGCACCUUCAGGCUCCACCCCAGCAUCCCUGACCUCCUUUCCUACACCCUCAGCUGCUCCCCAGGGCCAACCCAUCGAUGAGCCAGGCAGCUCCAUCCUGCUUGAAGAGCCGGGUCCCCAGCCUCAGAGGGGCAGAACACCGCGCUGGGAGGCUGCUGGCCAAGUCUCAGCAACUGGCGAGGUGCCUGACUCACCCCUCAGGGGUGCCCUAGGCCAGGUGGUGACAGAUCGCCUGUUCCCUGACAGCCUGGAGGACCUGUCCCCUGGCCUCGCGGGCCCGCCUCCUCCAAAGGCCAGAUCUCCGAAAAUCAAGGCCAGGCCCCUUCAGGCCAGGGCCACGCCCCCUAACGCAGAGGCCACGCCCCCUCGCUCCAAGCCUCGAGGUAGAUCUACAGCAGAGCCUGGGAAAGUUAAGGCCGCGCAGCCUGCUGAAGAUGGGUACCGGCAGCCUGAGGUCCCAUGUCCUGCAGCUGAGGAGGCCCGCACACUUGUCCAGGAGCCACCAGCCGACUUCUUAGGCGCUGCCACCCUUGAAGCUACAGCCACGCCCUCGCCUGCUGCUGACCGUGGUCCCUCAGAAGAUGUGCUCUCCCAGGCCACCCGCCUCCUGGAGGCCGCUGACGACUCCGAUGGCAGUGAGUUCCAGGAUGACCCCGUGCUGCAGGUGCUGAGAGCUCAGAGGGCACUGCUGCGGCAGCAGAAAAGGAAAGUGGAUGCGCAAUUGGCCCUCUUGCUGGACUGCAUGGAAGAGCCUGGAGACUGGUCCCCUCCAGCUGGCUCCCCGUCCAGGUCCCCAAGGAGGCGGCUGAGGAGGGAAGGGACUUCCUUGGAGGCCCGACGACUCUGAGUUGAAUACAUUCCGUCUUGCCCAUGAGACACUGUCUGCAGGUUGCUGGUCGUCUGGGAAAAAGGGGACGAUUCUGGAAAGGCGAAACCCUUGCUAGCUGAAGGGAACCACCUCAGGUGGUACUGCCCUCAAUUCUUUCCAGACCAGCUGAAACAGAAUCUUUUCUGGUUUUUUCUCUUCCUUGGGCUGUAGAAAAGAUGUUCCCAAGGCAAGCUUGUCCAGUUAUCUGCUCAGGAGCGCAUGGAAUUCAAGGCCCUGUCCUCUGGGCUUGGAGCUACUGAGCUGUCAGGGUGCUGAGCACCCAUCAGUCCUCAGUCCACCUGCUGCUUGUUCCAGCAGCCAUGCACACUGCAGCUGACCCCUCCUUGUUGGAAGUACUCUUUCCUCUCGUUUUUACACUGGGUCAACUUGGCCUUGUCCCGGGAGCCUGACUUUGAAGUCCCUCUCCACGAUUCACUCCCAGGCACCUUCACCUAGGCGCUAAAACCCAUCUAUUCUGCAAGUCCAGGGCUGUGUUCUCCAGCCUCACCUGACCCCCUCCACCUGCCCCCUCGCCUUAGGCUCCUGUGUAAUAUGGGCUGCCCACUGUCUCCAUGCAAAAGUCUUAACAGGUAGUUCAAAAUCCCAUAGGCCCUAAGCUAAGAUCCCUACCACUCUCCACUUACCUCCACUUACCUCCCUGCUAGCUGCUGAGACCACAAAUCCUUAUGGUUGUCCUUAGCACUUGCCUUUCUCUCCCACUCAGUCAGCUCACUGGUCCUGCCACCUCUGCCUUCAGACUCGUCUGAAUUCAGUACCUUCUCCCAACUUCUGCACUACUGCUACCUCCUACCUGGACUGUGGACAACUCUAUUCUAACCGCACCUCUGCACCUUCUUGGAGACACUUGUUGUUGGGAAGUAGAGUCUAGAUUCCAUCACCUUGAAACCCAGCCACUUGACAAGCACAAUGGAGAGGAGGUGGGCAGCUCUACAUCCAGAGUUCUAUUAGAAAAGAUGCCACCCAGGGGCAGGGGUGUGGGCACAGUGGCUAAACUGCCACUGAGAUGGCU